ACUGCGCGUGCGCUCGUGUUCUCACGCUCGGAUCAGUCAGAGGUAAACUGGAGUCUCGUCUGUCCACGCUGAGCGGUUUCACUAUGAACACGCAUGUUAUUUACUAACAGCCUGAGCAGCGCAGAGCGUCUGUUUCCAAAGGUAAGACAUUUAAGGUAAAAUAGGGCUUCAGUUCCAGUGCACUACGCCAUUUGCUGGUUGUUCCCAUGAGACAUGAGCUUGGUGGUGAAACCUUGAACUUCAGAAGGACGGGAUGCAUUGUGGUCACCAGCCUACUUCCUUACCUUCUUUCAGGGCGCAAGAUUUUGAAAUGAAGAAGGACAUUGAUACUCUAAUAGCGGAGGAACGGGCUGAGAUCAUCAGAAAAUAUGAGAAGGGCAGGCAUGAGGGUGUGCACAUUAACCCAUGGGAGGAUCCAGACUACAGCAUCUACAAGGUCACGGACCGCUUCGGUUUCCUGCAUGAAAAGGAACUGCCAACACCGACCGCGGCGGAGGAGAAGUAUAAACUCCAGGAGGUUGAAAGAGAGGAAAAAUGGGUUAAGAUGGUGAAAAGUUGGGACAAAUACUGCACAAGUGAAAAGAUGAUGAAGCGGGUAUACAAGGGGAUUCCCUUAAAGCUGCGCGGUCAGGCCUGGGCUCUGCUGCUGGAUGUGAAAAAUGUGAAAGAAGCGAAUUACAGGAAAUACGAGACAAUGAAGGAACAAGCCAAGAAGUAUUCAACAGAAAUUAAGCAGAUUGACCUGGAUGUCAAUAGGACCUUCAGAGACCAUAUCAUGUUCAUGGAACGCUUUGGGGUCAAACAGCAAGCCCUGUUCCAUGUGCUGGCAGCGUAUUCGGUCUACAACACGGAAGUGAGCUACUGUCAGGGCAUGAGUCAGGUCGCUGCCAUUCUGCUCAUGUACAUGAAUGAGGAAGAUGCAUUUUGGGCUUUAUCACAGCUACUGACCAAUCAGAAACAUGCCAUGCAUGGAUUCUUCAUCCCAGGGUUUCCCAAACUCCACCGUUUUCAGGUUCAUCAUGACCAAAUACUAUCCAAACUCCUUUCCAAACUGAGGAAACACUUGGAAAAGGAACAGAUGUCCACUGGUAUCUACACAACCAAAUGGUUCCUUCAGUGUUUUAUUGAUAGGACACCCUUUACACUCACCCUGCGCCUUUGGGACAUCUACAUAUUAGAAGGAGAAAAAGUUCUAACCGCCAUGGCCUAUACGCUCCUCAAAUUGCACAAAAAGUGUCUUCUGAAGAUGUCUCUUGAGGACCUGAGGGAGUUUUUGCAGGAGCGUAUUGCUUCUUCCUUCAACAUGAGCGAUGAUGCAGUGAUUGAGCACCUACAGUCGUCUAUGUCAGAACUCCGCAGGAUGAAGCUUGACCUUCCUCCUCCAGCCAAGGGAGAUGAGUUCCCAAAGAUACCCCUGGGCGAAGAACGUCCAAUAGAACUGCUUCCAGUAAACAAGACUGAGUGUGUACCCUUACCACCAUCAGCACACAACAAUCAAACCUCAACAAAGCUUCAGACAGAAGGCAACACCACCUACAAGCAGAGCAACGAAAAACACAUCCCUACCAUUACCUCAUCCAAUUCCCCACUUUCAAAGCACACCCACUUAAAUUCCAACUCUUUAUUGUCACAAGCUACACCUGAAGAACCAGGAACCACAGUGAAGAAUGAAGCCAGUGCACCUGUACAAAGACCAGAUCAUUUACUACACCCAGAAUCUGCACCGCUUUCAGCAGAGACUCUUUCGUUGAAAAAUGAAUGUGUUAGUAGACCCCUAUCAGCGGUGUCUGGCGAUUGGCUUCCUCCGUACCAACCACCCAUGACAGAUUCAACCAGUAUCCACUCUUUGAAUCUCCAAGAAUUACCCCCUCCACCUCCUCCCUGUACCGAAGAAGAGGAUGAGCUUUCACCUCCGGAGGAGGAUGUCCCAUUUUGCCUUGCUCCAGCUCCACCACCAAAGACCCAACCUUUGGAUCUCAUCGUAGAAGAUCCAUUUUCGUCACCUUCCUUGUAUAAAUCCUAUCGCCAGCUAAGCAAGUUUCCGGUCAACUUUUAUGUGCCACCAUCAUCAGGUGACCGGAGACCUUCGUAUUAUGACAACCUCUCAGAAGAGGAGCAUCAGUCUGUGGAGAGGAUGCUGGAGAUGGCGGCCACAGCUCCACAAAACUCAAACUUGAGUCUCAUGAACACCACCCUUCCCCUUCCUCCAGAAGAUGCCAUGUCUCUUCCUCUUCCGCCCCCAUCUAUGUUCUUCUACACGCCUGACUCUUCGCCACUUCCUCCACCUCCUUCAUGCAUUGAGGAGGCAAACAGUUGGGGGUCUUCAGACUGCAUUUUUUCCCAACCACCUAUUGACUUCGCAGAUAAACCCAACCUCGUAUCUUCAGUCCCAUGCAAUCAGGUGGUUCCAAACCAGACUGAUCAAGAUGAUAGCCAGUCACAGCUCCCAAGACUACCGCCCAAAAAAUCACGACCCAAUCAGGUGGUUUCAAACCAGACUGAUCAAGAUAGGAGUCAGUCCCAGCUCCCAAGACUACCGCCCAAAAAAUCACGACCCACAAUGGUCUCUCCUGUACACUCCAAUUCAGACUUCUGUCAAAUGCAUGUUUCAAGUCAUUAGUUGCAGGAGUCACACUUAAGUAGUGUGAACUGAAGGCAUGUUUCCAUUGUUUGGACUUUUGUGUUUCGAUGAUAUCAAGUGAAUGUAUUUCAAACUUUUAGAUGUUGCAAUGUGUGUUAUAUAUGGCAGAUCGAAACAGAAUGCUAGAAUGUGUUUUAUCAGUGUGUCAUUCAAAUUUUAUGUGCUGGAAUCCCCCUUUCUAAGGUGAAACAUCUAUAGUUGUAGCAGUUAUCAGAAGAACCAUUUAGCUAGUUGAGCA